UUCCUUACGUCAAGGUUAAAUUUGACAUUUCUAGAGGAGCCGCAAAGUCAAAGUUUUAAAUUCUUAAUUUUUUAAUAAAACUCGAAUAUUAAGCAAAUAUGGCUCUAAACAAACUAAGUAUCGAUGCCCUAAGCCUUUCUGGAAAGCGUGUGUUAAUGAGGGUGGAUUUCAAUGUCCCUUUGAAAGAGGGUGUUAUCACCAACAACCAGAGAAUAGUAGCUGCACUAGAUUCGGUGAAGUAUGCCCUUGAACAAGGAGCUAAGUCGGUGGUGCUGAUGUCUCACUUGGGCAGGCCUGAUGGUAAUCCCAACCUGAAGUACACACUCCAACCCGUCGCCGAAGAGCUGAAAAAACUAUUAAACAGAGACAUCACAUUCCUGCCCGACUGUGUGGGAGCAGAGGUGGAGGCAGCAUGUGCCGACCCCGCUGUGGGCUCCGUAAUCUUGCUGGAGAACCUCAGGUUCCAUGUAGAAGAGGAAGGCAAGGGUGUAGAUGCCACUGGGGCUAAGGUCAAAGCUGAUCCGGAAAAGGUUAAGGCUUUCCGUGACAGUCUGAGGAAGCUCGGAGAUGUGUACAUCAAUGAUGCUUUUGGUACCGCGCACAGAGCACACAGCUCCAUGAUGGGUGAAGGGUUUGAGCAGAGAGCCAGCGGGUUCCUGCUGAAGAAAGAGCUGCAAUACUUUGCCAAGGCACUGCACGAGCCAGAGAGGCCAUUCCUAGCAAUCCUGGGUGGUGCUAAAGUGGCGGACAAGAUCCAGCUGAUUGAGAAUCUUCUGGACAAAGUGAAUGAGAUGAUCAUCGGCGGCGGCAUGGCCUACACCUUCCUCAAGGAGAGCAGAGGCAUGGCGAUUGGAAACUCGCUGUACGACGCGGAGGGCGCCAAGAUUGUGGCCAAGCUGCUGGAGAAGGCGGAGAAAAACAAUGUCAAAGUGCACCUCCCGGUCGACUUCGUCACUGCCGACAAGUUCGCCGAAGAUGCUGAAGCUGGCACCGCGACGGUGGAGACUGGUAUCCCCGACGGCUGGAUGGGUCUCGAUGUUGGACCUAAAUCCCAGGAACUCUUUGCUGAUCCCAUUGCGAGAGCCAAAGUUAUUGUAUGGAAUGGCCCGGCCGGAGUGUUUGAGUUUGAGAAGUUUGCUGGCGGCACCCGCGCGCUCAUGGACGGAGUCGUGAAGGCUACUGCCAACGGAACUAUCACUAUUAUUGGUGGCGGCGACACGGCCACGUGCUGCGCCAAGUGGGGCACGGAGGACAAGGUGUCGCACGUGUCCACCGGCGGCGGUGCCUCGCUGGAGCUGCUCGAGGGAAAAGUACUGCCUGGAGUAGCGGCUCUCUCAGAUGCCUAAAUAUAAUUGUAGAAUAUAAAUCCAUAAUAUUAAUAUAAGUAACCCAUAUAUUUAUUAUUAGAAGUUGUAUAAACCAAAAUUUACUGUUAAUUAUUUAAAAUAUAUUAUUGUGUAAACUAUAGAUGUACGUAUAUGAAUAAACUAUGUUUUGAGAAUAUCAAGUGAGAUUAUAAACUGAUUGAAUUGUUGCAUACAAAUAAAUGUAUAGAAUGUUGUGAUAAUUUA